UAACCUAUAUUUUGACAUUUGUCAAAAUCUCCCAACUUGUCAACCUUACAUAAUUUUAAUUAAUCAAAAAUGAUGUAUAAACGGCUUGAAGUAUUUGGUCCAGAACCACCAGAACGAGGAUACCGUUACUUUGAUACACCCGAUGGAGAAGAUCUCUUUAAAAAGUUAUGGUUAGUAGCUAAACCCGCAUUCUUUACGGGAAUUUUUCUAUCAACAGCGGACGUUCUUUGCUUUGAAAAACACAAAUCCUAUACCCAAGUUGCUGGUAGAUAUGCAUUUAUCACCUUACCACUUGUCGGAAUAGCUUCGACUUUCGUUAUAACUUCAAAUUUGGCGGCACAGCAAAGAAAGAAGGAUGAUAUUUGGAAUUGGGGACUCGGAGGAGCUGUUUCUGGAGGACUCGUUGGGGCUUGGCGAAGAAGUGCUGUUGCUGGAUUUUCUGCGGCUGCCGGUUUAGCAUUUUUAGCUAUUGUAAGAAAAGAUUUACAUGAAAGAGGUUGGGAGCUUGUUCCUGAAAAUAUCGUUCGUAUGCAUGGUGGAGUUCAAGUUGCCAAAAUGGAUUGGACUCUAAUGAAGGAAAGGCCAAGAAAUUGGACUACUGGAAGAGAAUAAGUAUUUAAUUAAAUAUUACGUAUGUAGUAUUAUUUGUAAAUAAAAAUAUUCAAUUUAAAACAA